UGUCACUGUACGCCGAGGUCAAGGGGAAAGAAGCAUGGCUGCGUUGUUUAGAGGGUCGCGAAAUGUAUUGUUACGGUGGAAUAAGCAUGUGGACUUUGCUUUCGUGUCAACGCGAUCAAUGGCCUCAAAGACACCAGUGGGGUUUGUUGGUCUGGGAAACAUGGGCAGCCCCAUGGCCAAAAACCUGCUAAUGAACGGUUAUCCUGUUAUCGCCACUGAUGUCUUCCCUGAGUCCUGCAAGGAGCUGCAGGACCUCGGUGCCCAGGUCGUAGACUCUCCCGCAGAGGUGGCAGAGAAGGCAGACCGCAUCCUCACAAUGCUACCCUCCAGUCCCAACGUCAUUGAAGUCUACACAGGCCCGAACGGCAUCCUCAAGAAGGUGAAGAAGGGAACCCUGUUGAUUGACUCCUCCACCAUCGACCCUGCCGUCUCAAGAGAGAUGGCAGUGGCUGCAGAGAAGAUGGGUGCAGUGUUCAUGGACGCUCCGGUGUCAGGAGGUGUCGGGGCUGCCAGCAUGGCCAAACUGACCUUCAUGGUGGGUGGAGUGGAGGAGGAAUACAACGCUGCACAGGAGCUGCUCACUUGCAUGGGAGCGAAUGUUGUCUACUGUGGACAGGUUGGCAAUGGACAGGCAGCGAAGAUCUGCAACAACAUGCUGCUGGCCAUCGGGAUGAUUGGGACCGCAGAGACCAUGAACCUUGGCAUCAGACUGGGUUUGGACCCCAAGCUGCUGGCAAAGGUCCUCAACAUGUCCUCAGGUCGUUGCUGGUCCAGCGACACAUAUAAUCCAGUCCCCGGCGUCAUGGAGGGAGUCCCCUCAGCCAACAACUACCAGGGUGGCUUUGGAACCACACUAAUGGCCAAGGAUCUUGGUUUGGCUCAAAACACUGCGACCAACACUAAGACACCCAUCCCUCUGGGUUCCCUCGCCCACCAGAUCUUCAGAGUCAUGUGCUCCCGCGGCUACGCUAACAAGGACUUCUCAUCCGUCUUCCAAUUCCUACGUGAGGAGGAAGGACAGUGAAUGGAGGAGGAGCACAGCUGACUGUGACAUUACCAUACAUACACACACACACACACACACACAUGCACAUACAUGCCCACACCCCAGUGCCCCUUAUCCCACUAUGCUCAGGAGAGUCUAAGGCCAUGCCCUCAGGCACAGAUCUGCGGUCCAAUUAACAUACUGUAUGUCGGCACAUGUUCCCUCAUAGCCUUAGCUGAAUCAUAUUUUCAAAUCACGGCUCUCCCUCUGCAUGGGGGGAAAUGCUAAAACUGACCUUAGAUCAGUAUCUAGAGACAAAGCAACUCUCUUUCCACUCUGGAAUGAGAGGCCAGACUGCAAAAUGAGAGGUAGGAAGAGGCACUGCUGGUUUAUAUGUACCAAUGCAAAAUAUUAUGUGGUUUUCCAAGAUGAUUGAUAAGUAAUAACUGCAUGAUGGUUAAAAGUUUAAGUAUGCUUUUGUCGGGUUUGUGCUUAUUGCCUGUUACCCAAAUGACUGUAACCUGUCCCUGUUCAAUGAAAGGACAGAAAAGGAAAUGCAAGCUACAGAGAGGAUUCACAUAGCGCGGGGGGGGGAUUUCAUUGAAGAGCCAGUGCAAGAGAGUGCAGAGUUUAGGUCACCUGUUUUUCUGCUGGAGAAAAUAUUCACAGCACUACAUGUAAGGUUACCAAAACCACUUGUUUUGUUACAUUUGUCCGGUUUAGGGAGAAAAGUGGUGUCAUUCAAGUGUUCAUUCAUGUCACCAGCAUACAUUCUGUCAUUCACUCACUGGACCGACCACUUAAGCUCAUUUGAAUACUGUGAUUAUAUAUCUGGUUAUUUUUGCACUGUGUGCAUCGCAGUGCGAUGUGGCGGGCCAUUUUGAUACAGUUACAGAAUCUCUUUGAACUUACCUCUUGUCUUCUCUGAUGUCUACGUCUGCUUAUCGAGCCACUGGAGUAUUAUUUUGUGACCAACACUGAUUGAAUUUUAUACUGUUCACUACAAAAGUUUGUUCUCAUUCUCUAGCAGUUUCUGUUGCCCACUUUGACUUUAAUUAAAGUCCAUCCUCGCAUAUCUCUCCUCUCUCUCAACUUGUACGACAUGUGUGUAAGCGAGGAACGUUUCCUCCCGCCUCUGAACAAAUGUACAUAAUGUAUAUUACAUGUUGUUGCAUAGUGUUGAAGAGAAAUCUAAAUGGACUGUCACUUUUUGUAGUAAAAUGCAUUAAUAGUGUCUACAGUUUGUCUUUGCUCUGUGAAACAGAUCCUCAGUCGCAUUGUGGCCUGAAAAUAAAAGAUGUUCUGUGUAUUUGGUGUUUGUCUGGUUUUGUUAGAUAAGUAGCCCUCAGUAUGCUGCUGAAGAUGUAGCACUUUUUGUGAUGAGGCGCUGAUCCCUGGAAUCGGACUUAGAAGUAGGGAAAAAGGUGUCGCACACUCUGUUUCAAUAUGCAUCGUUUGAUUCAACAAUGAGAAGAAGACAGGCCACACCCAAAUUACACAUCUGAUGGUGAUGAGACAAUCAUGUUCCACCAGAGGGGUGAGAAAAAAAGUCAAACCACCAGCUCUAAAUCUAAACUUUUACUAAAUCUCAAUUAGAAAUCUAAAUAUGUGUGUAUUUUUACAUUUUAAAUGUAUACGUUAUUUAGUUUGUUUGACUCUAGCUCACUGAAUGCCAUGUUUUGUUUUUUUUAUCAUCCCUAUAGUGGAACAUGACUCAUUGUCACAAUAAAAAAAUAAAUAUGGGGCCAGCUUGUGGGACACGUUUUUCUUGCUUUCAACAUCUGAAUGCUAACAUGCUGAUGCUUGUACUGUUUA